AUGACCCUGUGGCGCAACGUCCCUCUGUUGUGUUAUACCUGCAUGUUUCCUCCAAUCUCUACACUGGACUGCAUCAGGUUUCCUCUGAAAUGUAACACAGGCCAGCUCUGUCUUUCCAGCAGGCCGGUUGGGAACCGAAGCGGCCAUGUUGUCUUGUAUGAGAAAAUCUGUGCCCUCUCCUCCCUGUGCAGCCUGACCGGAGAGAAGUUUGUCCUGGGAGUUAACUUCACUGCCAAUAAUGACUGCUGCGACACGAAGCUCUGCAAUGGAGUCGGUGCAGAGGAAUCUCACGGCACCACCGCAAUCCUUUUACUUCCUACAUUCUCCUUACUCUGUGGUAAUUAA